AUGAAAAGAAAUCGAUGGGGAACUCAAAGAAACAAACAUGGCAAUCCUAAAAACAUUAAUCGUAACAAAACCUGGAAAAAAUCAAUCCAUCAUAAAUCCUCAAAUAGAUCCUUCAAACCAAGAAAAUCUUCCUUCAAUUAUCACGCCUCAUCUAGUGACAAUAAUAACAAGGACAAUGAUAACAACAAAGAAUCAAAAAACACCAAUUCUGAUGACGACCAAUCAAUGGAUAAAUCCCACAAAAAAAGAUCAAUCUUCUUCAACUUGCCUCUUCCCAAAAUCUUCUUAAACGAAGAAAAUGAACCCAUCUUCCAAUACUCGAGAAACAAAAUCAGAACCACAAAAUAUACACCAAUCUCUUUUAUCCCCAAAAACAUGAUCUUCCAAUUCAGUAACGUCGCCAACAUCUACUUUCUUACCAUGAUUAUUCUCAGUUUCUUCUCAAUCUUCGGUGUUUCAAGCCCUGAACUAGGUAUGGUUCCUUUAAUCAUCAUCUUCUGCAUAACCGCCAUAAAAGACGCAGUCGAAGACUCUCGAAGAACAAUCCUAGACCUCGAAGUCAACAACACUCUAACACACAUCUUAUCUGGCAUAGACAACCACAACGUAUUAAACGAUAACAUCUCCCUUUGGAGAAGAUUCAAAAAAUUCAACACAAGAACCCUACGUUCCUUUUUUAAAUUUCUUCAAAAACAUUUCUCCAAAAAAGCUAAGCGCCAAAAGAAUUCAAAAAAUCUCAAUUCUGAUAAUGCCAUUGACUCUCCCAGAAACUCCUUUGAAAGUUUCGAAACAAGAUUUGAAAACAACUCAGACUUUAACUUAUCCAAAAGAAACUCCCUAGAUUCUCUACAAUUCAAUAACGACUCAAACAACUCAAACAACUCAAACAACUCAAACAACUCAAACAACUCAAACAACUCAAACAACUCAAACAACUCAAACCCAAUUAAUCCAUUCGACACUCUCCCAAAUCAAUCUCCUCCCUUCUUAAACAACGUUCCCCAGAUCCUAAACAAAAACAUUCAAUCCCCCGGAAACGCCAGAUUCACCAAAGACUUUUGGAAAAGCGUCAAAGUAGGCGACAUCAUUCGUAUCCACAAUAACGACGAAAUUCCUGCCGACGUCCUAAUCUUAUCAACCUCAGACGCUGAUGGUGCUUGUUACGUUGAAACUAAAAAUCUAGAUGGUGAAACAAACCUCAAAGUUCGUCAAGCUUUAAAGUGCUCAACCUCUUUACGCCAUGCAUCCGAUUUUGAAAAAUCAAAAUUUUGGAUAGAAAGUGAAGGCCCCCAUUCAAAUCUUUAUUCCUACCAGGAUAUCCUAAAUGAACCAAUAAAUAUCAACAACCUACUACUCAGAGGCUGCAUGCUCAGAAACACAAAAUGGGCAGUUGGUAUAGUCCUCUUUACUGGUGAUGACACUAAAAUUAUGUUAAACGCCGGUGUUACUCCAACAAAGAAAUCAAGAAUAUCAAGUGAACUAAACUAUUCAGUUAUCAUAAAUUUCGGUUUAUUAUUUAUUUUAUGUUUCUCUUCAGGUGUCAUCAACGGUUUUUACUAUAAUAAUACUGGUGUAUCAAGAGAUUAUUUCGAGUUUGGUACAAUUGUUAGCACCCCUACUCUAAAUGGUAUUGUUAGUUUCUUUGUUGCAAUGAUUCUUUAUCAGUCUUUGGUCCCUAUCUCCCUUUAUAUUUCCAUCGAAAUUAUAAAAACUGCUCAAGCCUAUUUUAUCUAUUCAGAUGUAAAUAUGUACUACGAAAAACUCGAUUACCCGUGUACUCCCAAAAGUUGGAACAUUUCCGAUGACUUGGGUCAAAUUGAAUACAUCUUUAGUGAUAAAACUGGAACUUUAACUCAAAACGUCAUGGAAUUUAAAAAAUGCACUAUUAAUGGCGUUUCAUACGGAAGAGCUUACACAGAAGCUUUGGCUGGUUUAAGAAAAAGACAAGGUAUUGAUACUGAUGAAGAAGGCUCCAUUGAAAGAGAAGCCAUAAAAAAGGAUAAAGAAACGAUGGUCAAAGAAUUACUAAAAAUAUCCGCAAAUCCUCAAUUAGACCCCAACGAUGUUACUUUUGUUUCUGUGGAUUUUGUUAAAGAUUUACAAGGCGAAAAAAGUGACCUUCAAAAGGAAUGUAAUGAACAUUUUAUGCUAGCUUUGGCUUUAUGUCAUUCAGUAUUAACAGAACCAGAUAAAGAAAACCCAGAAAGAUUACUACUAAAAGCACAAUCACCCGAUGAAAGUGCAUUAGUUGGUACAGCUAGAGAUAUGGGUUUUGCAUUUAUUGAUAGAACUAAAAGAGGUGUCAUUGUUGAAGUUCAAGGAUCCCAAAAAGAAUUCCAAAUUUUGAAUACUUUGGAGUUUAAUUCCACAAGAAAAAGAAUGAGUGCCAUUAUUAAAAUACCACCAAUUCACCCAGGAGAUGAACCUAAAGUGCUUCUCAUAUGCAAAGGUGCAGAUUCUAUAAUAUAUUCAAGAUUAAAAAAAAAUACUGGCGAAGAAUUACUAGAAAAAACCGCUCUACAUUUAGAAGAGUUUGCAACUGAGGGAUUAAGAACUUUGUGUAUUGCUCAAAGAGAACUAACUUGGAGCGAAUACCAAGCAUGGAAUAAAAAACAUGAAGUUGCAUGUGCCGCCAUAGAUAAAAGAGAAGAAAAAAUGGAAGAAGUUGCUGACACAAUUGAAAGAGAGUUGACAUUGAUAGGAGGUACCGCUAUUGAAGAUAGACUUCAAGAUGGGGUACCUGAUUCAAUCUCGAUUCUUGCUCAAGCAGGUAUAAAAUUAUGGGUUUUAACAGGUGAUAAAGUUGAAACUGCUAUAAAUAUUGGAUUUUCUUGUAAUCUUCUUAACAAUGACAUGGAUUUAUUGGUCAUCAAAGCAAGUGGAGAUGAUGCCAAAGAAUUAUCAGGAAAAAAUGAUCCAGAAAGUGUUGUUAGAAAUUUAAUAAAUCAAUAUUUGAAAGAAAAAUUCAAUAUGCUGGGUUCAAAUGAAGAACUUGAAUAUGCAAAAAUUGAUCACAAUCCUCCAGCAGGAAAUUUUGGUGUUAUAAUAGAUGGUGAAGCACUAAAACUUGCAUUGAAAAGUGAACUUAAAAUUAAAUUUUUGUUGCUUUGCAAACAAUGUAAAGCUGUUUUAUGUUGUAGAGUUUCUCCAGCCCAGAAAGCUGCUGUUGUUAAAAUGGUGAAAGAAACUUUGGAUGUCAUGACUUUGGCCAUUGGAGAUGGAUCAAACGAUGUGGCAAUGAUUCAAACAGCAAAUGUUGGAGUUGGUAUAGCUGGUGAAGAAGGACGUCAAGCAGUGAUGUCUGCAGAUUAUGCUGUGGGCCAAUUUAGAUACAUAUCAAGAUUGAUUUUGGUACAUGGAAGAUGGUCUUAUAAGAGAUUAGCUGAAAUGAUUCCCAGUUUCUUUUACAAAAAUGUUAUUUUUACUUUAGCUCUAUUUUGGUAUGGUAUUUAUGUGAAUUUCGAUGGUUCUUACUUAUUUGAAUAUACCUAUUUGAUGUUUUAUAAUUUAGCUUUUACUUCCUUACCAGUGAUUUUUAUGGGUAUUUUAGACCAAGAUGUCAAUGAUGUCGUUUCUUUGUUGGUUCCUCAACUAUAUACGACUGGGAUUUUGAGAAGUGAGUGGACUAUGAAGAAAUUUUGGUGGUACAUGUUUGAUGGGUUGUACCAAUCCGUUAUAUGUUUUUUCUUUCCCUACCUUUUGUUUUAUCAAACUGGAUUUGUAACUUUUAAUGGUUUGUCUCUUCAACAUAGAUAUUUGAUUGGGAUAUAUGUUACUAGCAUUGCUGUUACCGCUUGCAACAUAUAUAUAAUAAUGCAUCAACUUAAUUGGGAUUGGAUUUCUGUUCUUUUUAUUGUUCUAUCCAUUGUUGUUGUCUAUGCUUGGACUGGGAUCUGGUCAUCAAGUUUUAUUUCAGGUCCAUUUUACAAGAGUGCUGCUCGUGUUUAUGGAGCUCCUUCAUUUUGGGCUUGUAUGUUUAUUGGCACUAUUAUUUGUUUGCUUCCAAGAUUUGUUUAUGAUUGUGUAAAGAAAAUAUACUUUCCAAAGGAUAUUGAUAUUAUUCGUGAAUGUGUUGCUAGAGGUGAUUUUGCUCAAUAUCCAAUUGGUUAUGAUCCAACGGAUCCUAACCGAGUUAAAAUAAGCAAAUAUUCCUCUCUUCAUUUAUCUGAAAAUCAACCAAACGUCACUGAAGGCUCUCCAUGGAGCACUGCAACAAAAAAUGUUACCACUAUUAGAACACAAGAAAUUCCAAUGCAAAUAAUCUCUGCGCAAUCUGGAAGAUAUAAUCCUCGUAACACAAGACCAGGGGCAAAUGAAGAACAUCGUACGAGAGUCUCAUUGGAUCGCACAAGGCUAUCCAUGAUUCAAAGUAAUGAACUAUCACCAACAGUAUCUAGAGCAAGAGCCUCCUUGGAAAUACCUGGCGUGAAUGUUGCAGAGAACUUAAUGAAAAGACUUUCAAGACAGUGA